UUGACACUGAUUUCAUCAAAUAGGACGAGUAAAAUCGCUUUAGGGGCGUUUCCGGGAAACAAACGAUUACAUUUUCCUGUAAUGGCGGACCAGACAGAAAACGAGACUAUUGGGUUCAGCGACAACAGAAUGGCGCAGCAGGCAGUGCGGUUCCGCAGCCCCUCUCCUGCACCUGCGCCUUCCCAGACUCCAGUGUUACGAGGUCCACCUCCACUCCUGAGGCCGCCACCACCUCCUUUUGGGAUGAUGAGGGGACCCCCACCACGACCCCCAUUUGCACGUCCACCAUUCGACCCCAACAUGCCACCCAUCCCUCCACCUGGAGGCAUGCCACCACCCAUUGGGCCUCCACACUUACAGAGACCUCCAUUCCUUCCUCCUCCCAUUGGUAAUCUGCCACCUCCUCCAGGAAUGUUGUUUCCUCCUGGGAUGCCCCCUGUUCCAUCAUCCGGAAACCCUGCACUCAAUCCUGCAGAGGAGAUCUGGGUAGAAAACAAGACGCCAGAGGGAAAGACAUAUUUCUACAAUGCCAGGACCAGAGAGUCAUCCUGGAGUAAACCAGAAGGAGUUAAGAUAAUCCAGCAGUCUGAACUCAAUCCUCUUCUAGUAGCAGGGGCUGCAGGAACGGGUGCUGGGGUGACUGCAUCUGCCAGCUCGAAUAGUGGCAACACUACAGCCAGCACUGCAGGUGCAGCCUCACCUACUCAGGUUGUGUCCUCAGCACCCUCCCGCACACUUGCCUCCAGUCAGGAAUCUAACAGUUCCUCAUCCCCUUCUGUGAGCAUUGCAGCCACUGUUGUAGCAGACCUGACCCCUGUUGCCACAGUGACCUCUACUGUUGCUGUGUCUCCAGUCACUGUGGUGACUGUUUCCACAGUGCCAUCACCUGUUACUGCGGUGCAGACCAUGCCCCUGCUGCCUGGUGCUCUGCCGCACACUGUUGCCCAGCCCACCGCAGCCAUACCUGCCUUCCCCCCAGUCAUGGUGCCACCUUUCAGGGUGCCCUUGCCUGGUAUGCACAUUCCUCUACCAGGUAUGCUUCCUGGUAUGGGCCCGCCUUUAGUUUCAAUGAUGCACCCCCAGCUGGCUCUCUCAGCAGCUCCUGCAUCCAUUGGUGGAGCCUUGAUUCCUGAAUGGUCAGAGUACAGAACACCUGAUGGGAACAUACUAUACAACAACCGAACACUGGAGUCCACGUGGGAGAAAAAGAAGCAGAAAAGGCCAGGGAGCGUCUUGCUAUGGAGGAAGCUGAGGCAAUGGAGAUGGAGGAUGAGGACAACAAAACACCAAAACACUAAUGAGAAGGAGUUGGAGGAAAGGAUAGUGGUUGCAACCUUUUUUCCUCUUAUUUUAUCAAGGGAAACUAAAUUAGAAGAAAUGACGGAGAGGAAAAAAGCAGCCCAGAAAGCGAGACCUAUAGCCAACCCUAUUCCUGGGACCCCAUGGUGUGUAGUAUGGACAGGGGAAGACCGUGUGUUUUUCUACAACCCAACAACUCGACUGUCCAUGUGGGACCGACCUGAGGAGCUGGUUGGCCGGGCUGAUGUUGAUAAGCAUAUUCAGGAGCCACCGCACAAAAGAGGCCUGGACGAUGGCAAGAAGAUAGGUGUGAAGCAUGUUCUCAGUAAAGAGGAGCCAUUGGAUUUAGGCAUUGUUACUGAAGAAAACCUGGAUGAGGAGCCAACCAAAGCCAAAAAGAGAAAAAAGGAGGAUAUAAAGGAGGCAGACUCUGAGAAGGAAGCAGCAAUGGAGGCAGAGCUUCGUGCAGCCAGAGAACGAGCGGUUGUGCCUCUAGAGGCCAGGAUGACCCAAUUCAAAGACAUGCUGCUUGAGAGAGGGGUGUCUGCAUUCUCCACUUGGGACAAAGAGCUUCAUAAGAUUGUGUUUGACCCACGUUACCUUCUGCUCAACCCGAAGGAGAGAAAACAGGUGUUUGAUCAGUAUGUGAAGACUCGGGCAGAAGAGGAGAGGAAAGAGAAGAAAAACAAAUUGAUGCAGGCCAAAGAUGAAUUCAGGAGGAUGAUGGAGGAGGCAAAGCUCACAGCCAGAACAACAUUUAGUGAAUUUGCAGUGAAACAUGGCAGAGACCCUAGAUUUAAGACGAUAGAGAAGAUGAAGGACCGGGAGGCUAUUUUCAUUGAGUUCAUCACCGCUAUGCGGAAGAGAGAAAAGGAGGACUCAAAGUCCAGAGGAGAGAAGGUGAAACAAGACUUUUUUGAUCUCCUGAGUGAUCAGCACAUAGAGGUGGGCCAGCGAUGGAGCAAAGUGAAAGACAGACUGGAAACUGACCCACGAUACAAGGGUGUGGAGAGCUCGGCACUAAGAGAAGAACUUUUUAAGCAGUACAUGGAAAAACAAGCUAAGAGCGUGGACAUCGAUAAGGAGCGUGAGUUGGAGCGACAGGCGCGUAUCGAGGCCAGUCUCAGAGAGAGGGAGCGGGAGGUGCAGAAGGCCCGAUCAGAACAGACCAAAGAGAUCGACCGGGAAAGAGAGCAGCACAAGAGGGAAGAGGCCAUCCAACAUUUCAAAGCCCUCAUGUCUGACAUGGUACGUUCUUCAGAUGCAACGUGGUCAGAUACACGCCGCAACCUGCGGAAAGAUCAUCGCUGGGAGUCGGCAUCACUGCUGGAGAGAGAGGAGAAGGAGAAGCUGUUUAACGAACAUGUAGAAGCGCUGGCUAAAAAGAAGAAGGAGCAUUUCAGGCAGCUGCUGGAUGAGACCAGCAUGAUCACGCUGACAACUACAUGGAAGGAGGUAAAGAAAGUCAUCAAAGAGGAUCCUCGCUGUAUAAAGUUCUCCUCUAGUGACAGAAAGAGACAACGCGAGUUUGAAGACUACAUCAAAGACAAAUACAUCACAGCCAAGGCCGAUUUCCGAACCCUGCUAAAGGAGACAAAGUUCAUCACAUACAGGUCGAGAAAACUAAUCCAGGAGUCAGAGCAACAUCUGAAGGAUGUGGAAAAAAUCCUUCAGAAUGACAAACGGUACCUCGUUCUGGAAUGUGUUCCUGAGGAGCGCAGGAAGCUCAUCAUGUUUUACAUUGAAGACCUAGAUCGCCGUGGCCCACCACCUCCCCCGACUGCGUCUGAGCCCACCCGACGCUCCACCAAGUGACCAAUCACAUCAUCUUCCCAGCAUCUUCCUUGCCCUCCCUUUGGCCAGAGCAUGACCUCCUCCCAAAACUAAUUGACCCCGCCCUUCAGGCCUACAGUGGGCCUAGCAGUGUUAUUGCUGGGGGUUAUGUUGCUUAGAGAUGUACCAUAGAACGGUUAAGGUCUCUGUGUAAUGUCACCUCUUAGCCCUGAAAUAGCCCUGCAUUUAAGGCAGCAGCAGGGAGCAGGGGUUACCUGAUAUCGUAGGUGACCCUAGACCCCUCACCUCUGACUGACCAGAUAAGAGGGAGGAAGAUAGUGAUGACGCUGCUUCCUGAGCAGCCACAGAGGUGUAAAAUAGCUGAUGUAAAUGGUUUGGAGAGUGUGUGCGUGAAUGCUUCUUUGUGUGGUGAGAGGAUGAGUGUGAGUGAGUGAGUGAGUGGGUGUGUGUGCAUGUGUGUGAGGUGUCCUAAAGCCUUACUGCUCCACUGUGCCAGUCAUUGUUUCUGCGGCUCAGUGUGAAUGUUAGUUUCUGCUCAGUGGUUUACUCCGAUGUUUCUCUGUUGAAUGAAAUAAAGAAAGAUUCCACUGUU